CCUUUCUCGACCUGUGACCAUGUCUUCCCACAGCCGACUUGUCGUAUCAUUGGCAUGCUGUUAUCCCAAACUGGGAGACCACCCGAAGUAUCAAUACACUAUUCAUCAGCAGCGUUGCAGAAAAAAUCAACAGAAUUUGCCAAUCGUGAUAGCCGGGGGCCUUGUGCGUUCCGGUCUUACCUAGUAGCAUCCAUGUUGGUCCAUCCAGUCUAUAAUGAUAUAAGCUUUCGUUGGGACCUGCCAGUGCUUCUCCCUAUCGUCCAUGUUUCUUCUGUUGUGAACUUCUACCAUAAACAUCCAUUCAACACCACAUGAAUGGGAUCAAGUUCAAAGAGUAAGAUCUUCACUAUACACACACGAACUGCCGCAACAAAUCCUCCGGGACAUAUCCACUCUUGCUCGACAAGAAACUAGGAUCACCAAGCACAGCAAACGAUCAUCUGCCAGACUCACAUAACGACAAUCGCCACCGACGGCCUCGAUAAAAUCCCCGGACGGGGUCCUCUAUUCAAAUUGAUGAUGGCACAACAACUCUACCUUCAACUUCAUUACUCUGGCCUCAGCCCUACCACCGAGUUUCACUCACCCACGACAAACUACGACAGGACAUCGUCAUCAUCCUUGUCACCAUCCCCUGUGAUGGCUGUUGGUACAGUCUUUAGGCCAACCAGACCUGAGGACUGGGAGCCAUACCGGGAUCUAAUAGCUCACCUGUAUACGACGAUGAAGCUCAAGGAUGUCAUGAACGAGAUGCACACAAGACACAAUUUCAAGGCCACCGAGAAGCAGUAUAAGACGCAGAUCAAAAAGUGGAACCUGGACACCAAGUAUACCAAGGCGUCCGAGUACAUGGCCAUGAUCAAGACCAAGAGGCGACGAGAAAAUGGAAACCCACCAAAACAAACACGCUUCAUUCUCCGAGGGCGACCAGUGGAUCCAAAAGACAUCAACCGGUUUGAGAAGCGGGCAUCCAAGAAGGGAAUGAUAAAGGAUGAAGAGCUCGCCUACAACGCCAAGGGUAUGCCCCACAACAAUAAUCAAUACGGUCGCUGUCAACAAGUUAACACAUUCGGGUAUGAAGAAGCAGAGGAUAUUGAAGAUCUGGUUUACAUCACUCCCUCACCCUCACCAGAGCCGAACUUUUCAUCAUACGCCCCUCCCCCACCUCCAACACAAUACCAGACAACCGAAUACCAUGAACAAUAGCAAUUAACGGGAGUGGGAGCUCAUCAUCAAGUACCCACGACGGACGAUCUCAUCGGGGACUGGCUGGCCCGCGGGAGAUUUGCUACCACUACUAGUGCUAGCACUUCUCAGGAAUAUCACCACCACCAGCAGCCUCAGUCAGCAUACCCGUCGUAUCCAUCGUAUGCCCAUCAUCAGUACACGACGGCGGUCCAGAGCACUCAUUCCCAUAUACAGCAGCAGCAGCAACAGCAGCAUCAACAUCAGCAUCAGCAGCAACAACAACAUGGUCAUCAUAGCCACCAUCAUAUCUACAAUGACUAUAGCAGGCGAUGAUUCGGAACCAUGAAAGAAGAAACGAGGACGACUAACCCCAAGCUUCGCCCACGAAUUGCAAGAAGCGAAAAAAGAUAGCAUCUAGGCCUCGCCACAAAAUAUAUCACCUUAUUUGACCAUUCUGUCAUCGUCAACCCCUUCUAUCCACACACAUCACAGCAGUCACUUCACGACCAAACACGCCGCCAACCCACCACCAGAGGUGCUGAUGACAUGAGAAAAAACCAUGUACAUAAAAAUAGAAAUAGACCCUUUUUUCAAGUCAAGACAAUCGUGCUUCACAAUCAAAAUAAAAUGACACCACGCAGUUUUCUUUUCACAA